AUGGAUUGCCUGGUCGUGCGGCGGUCUGAACAGGUCGACACUGCGCGUGAGGAGGACCAGCUGAAGGCGCUUGCGACGUUGGGCUACACAUGCCGACAGCUUCUGACAACCACGCUCUCGCAGGAGGACCGCCUGCAGACCUACGGCUUCGUUCGCGAGGAGCACGGCUACGAUGCCACCGAUCCCUGGCUCUGUGACGACCUCACGGAGGAGCUACGAAGCCUGCGGCCUGGAUCCUUGGUGUGCGUCACCGGGACGGAACUUGUCUGCGCCUAUCUCGGGGCUUCGACGCACAGCGCCGACUUUGCACGCCUGCGUGACCUACGGAACCUGAAGGUCAUCAGCCUGCCAAUCUCCUGCCUUCUGCCUCUGCCCAGCCGGGCUCCAGCUCCGGGGGAGAAGGCCGUUUUCGUGGGCUUGGGCCCCGAUCUGGAUGGGUGGCCUUGCAGCUGCGGGCCGCAAGGGGAAAGCUGGGCAGAUGGCGCGACGGAUGAGUACGGGUGCUGGUAUUGGGCCGUCUACACAGAGCCGGGUGCGGACAAUGUCCUUGCCAACAAGACGAUGAGACUGGUUCACGAGGCGAACCUCAUCGCGCUGCCUGGUCUGGCAGCCGGAGCCAAGGGCACUCCCCUGGAGGAUGCCCCGAGCACCGCGUUGCUGCAACCGCUGGCGGCCACCGCCCAGGAAGAGCAGGCGCUGCUCUUCGCCCGGGGAGUGGUGCGAGAGAUGAUUGCCAGCGCGUCGGAAGAGCCAGGCAUCGAGGCGGAGGCCCUGACGGACCUGCUCGGCUCGAUGCGAGGUGCCGCUCGAGAAAGGAACUCCGUGCAGAUCCAGAACGCGGCGCUCCAUGGCGAGCGGAGCAACGUCGUCGCGAUGCUGAGCUUCGGCACCGCGGAGGAGUUGGAGUCCGAGCUCCGACUGGAGAAGGAGCAGCAGCGGCGGGACAAGGCCUUCCUGAAGCGCAGCAGAAAGUUCCUGGUGCGGCGUAGGGCGCAAAUGCGCAGAGAAACGCAACAUCCGGAAGAAGUGCCCAGCACGGAAGCAGGAGGGGAUGUGAUCGCGCACGAGACUGCGCUGACAGACGGGGCACAGGGCUUGGAGGAGAAGCCUCUGGAGGCGCCGGUGCCUAGGGAGGCACUGGAGAACGCCUUGCCUUCCAUUGAGCAGUUGCUGCAGGAACUGAAUCGGGUGGCCGCCGAGGGCCCCUUGUGUGGCCCCUGUCUGGGGGGCACGGCGGAGGCGGCGCCUGCUGCCCCAGUAACCGCAGCUGACGAGGCAGUCCCUCCCGCUGCCGCCGAUGCCGGUGUGGCUGCCCCAACUCCUCGGGCGGUUGCUGUUGCCAAGGAGAAGGUCAGCAGGCGGACGAUGGACCGAGGAAAGCACUCCAAGGAGAGACCCGGCCGGGCUAUCCCCGGGCGCCGAAUCCAGCCAAAGAGACCCGGGGUAACUGGAUCCAUGCCCGAGCGCCGCAUCAAGCGAAAGACGAAGCACCUGGCGGUGCGCUGGAGACUAGCGCUCCCCCAGCCCUCGCGCAGAGAGAAGGUGCAAACGGUGGCCGUGGAAAUGGUUGGUCCAAGUGAGGUGAAGCUGACCUGGACUUUUCCACAGCAGCGGUUCCGCCGUUUGCGGAAGCACUGCCAGGACGAGAAGCAAGGACUUGGCGUGAAAAGUGUCGGUCCUGGUGAGUGA